CCCAAGACUUUGGUGCACGAGGGAGGCUUAACAGUCAAUGGGCCACCUGUUUGGCAACAGGGCAGAACAAUCCUGAACAGGAUUAAAAUCCAGUUCCCGGUCAAUCCAAUCCGGUCCGAGAUUUGCUGGCUCGGGUAACGCGUGAGGGUUUGGUUUGGAGGGAGAGGAAAUUGUUUGAAGUGGAAUUGUUGCUCGGAGAAGAAUGGGAGGGGCGUGUUCCGGCGGGACGGUCAAGCCAAAGGCGGAUUCGCGGGAGCAAAUUACAGAGUAUUCUGGAAAGCUCAAGUCGAAGCGGAGCUUCGGGAAGGGGAACGAGGACGAGAAUCGUUAUUCCUUUCCCGAUGUGGAGGUUUUCGAGAAGACUCCGCAGAGGUACGAUUCCGGCGACCUUCGGUUGUCCAUUUCCUGUGAACUGAAGCCUUCUACUCCUGCGAGGACUGGCCAAAACAAGGUGCCCCAGAUGAGCUCACUUUUAGGAAAAGCUGGAAAUGUUGGUCGAGAAGUUCUGGACACACUUGGAAGCAGCAUGUCAAACUUGAAUUCCAAUAGUGGGUUUAUAUCUGGCAUGGCUUCAAGAGGGAAUAAAGUAUCCAUAUUGGCAUUUGAAAUUGCUAAUACAAUUGCCAAAGGUGCAAAUUUGAUGCAGUCUCUUUCUCAAGAAAAUAUUCAAUUCCUAAAAAAGGAUAUUUUACAUUCUGAGGGAGUGCAGCAGUUAGUUUCUACAGACAUGAAAGAGUUACUAAGUAUUGCCGCUGCUGACAAAAGGGAAGAGUUUGAUGUUUUCUCCCGUGAAGUAAUUAGGUUUGGAGAUCUAUGUAAAGAUCCACAAUGGCACAAUUUGGGCAGAUUUUUUUCAAAAUUGGACACGGACCAUUCAAUCCAUAACCAAGAAAGAGUAGAAGCAGAAAUGACAAUGCAAGAGCUGACUAACUUGGCUCAGCAUACUUCUGAAUUGUAUCAUGAGUUGAAUGCUUUAGACAGAUUUGAGCAAGAUUAUAGGCAGAAGCAUGAAGAAGUGGAGUCUUCACAUCUUCCUCGUAAAGGAGAAAGUAUCAUGAUACUCCAUAGUGAGCUAAAACAGCAAAGAAAACUUGUGAGGAGCUUGCAAAAGAAGUCUCUUUGGGCUAAGAGUUUAGAGGAGAUUGUGGAGAAGCUUGUUGAUGUUGUUACCUUCAUACAUCAAGAGAUCUUGGAGGCUUUUGGUGAUAAUGGUCUGGUACAAGUAGGGAAAAAUCCUAUUAGCAAACCUGAAAGAUUAGGUGUAGCUGGUCUUGCACUGCACUAUGCAAACAUGAUCAAUCAGAUCGACAACAUUGCAUCUCGGCCUACGUCGCUUCCGCCUACUAUGAGAGACCAAUUAUAUCAAGCAUUGCCAAACAGUGUCAAGAUUGCUCUACGUUCCCGGUGUCAAACAUUGAAUGCCAGAGAGGAGCUCACAAUUCCUCAAAUUAAAGCUGAAAUGGAGAAGACACUCCAAUGGCUAGUUGCCGUGGCUACAAAUACUACCAAGGCUCAUCAAGGUUUCGGGUGGGUUGGAGAGUGGGCAAAUACUGGAUUAGAGUUUGGCAAGAAGGGAGCCACCAAUAAUAACGUGAUUCGCCUCCAGACCCUUUAUCAUGCAGAUAAACGGAAGACAGACCAAUGCAUUCUCGAGUUGGCAACGUGGCUCAACCGCCUAAUCAGUGUCGUAAGAAACAGAGAUAAUGGUGUUAGAACUUUCCCCGUUCGAUCUCCAACUUGCAAAGGUAUGGAUCUGCGGCCUGCAAUGCAGCGACUCCCGUCUUCCCGGAAGUCCUACAACGUCCAACUGUCUGUUGAAGAUAGACAUUUGCUGGAGGAAGUGAUGAGCAGGAGAAGGUUGGCUCCUGGAAUAAGCAAAAGCCAGGAAUUCGUUUCGGCCAAGAAGGGAGGCAGCAGAGUUUGGGCCCUGAGCAGGAGCACUGGCAACUCUCCCAGGCGGCACUUUGAGCAUCCGAAAUCCAGUUUCUUGGAUUUAAUGGAUGGAUUAGAUACAACAUUUUGAGGAUCUUCAUUUAAAUUUCAUUCGAGCAUUUUUUGCUCCAUUUAUUUAAUUAAUUUGGCGGCCCCUCUCUUUGUUGUAUAUAUACCUACCUAUCUUUACCGUAUAAGAUAGAUCAUAAUUUUACUACUA